UGUCCCCCCAAACUAACCUCUGUGAUCUAGACAUUGAUUUUACCACAAGAUUUUCCUCACUUCCUAAGUUGUGGCAUUAGUGAUUUAUUUCAGGUUUUUAAACGAAAAAUGGAACAAGUAGUGGAAGAUAUUGAGAAAAAGAUGAAAAAAACCGAUGCUCAACUGGACACUCUGGCCCUGCAAGUCGAAAACAUCGAACUAGAAAUAUUCACAGAAGAAGGACAGGAGUUGGAAGUGCACAAUUUGCUAAAGUCGGUGAGUGAAGUGAAGGACAACUACCAGAAUUUGAGAAAAGACCUUUUGGAGGUGCAAGGUCUUCAAAAACAGCUCAGCUCUUCAUUAAAUCUCCAGUUAAAAAUGAUGCAGAGCAAAUUUAAUGGGCUGAAAGAAAGAGUUAUUGUUGCCAAACAUUCACAGAUUAAUUCCAAGGCAACCCUACUGGGCGAUAACAAAUAAGUAUACGUUUGUAGCUUCAACAGCUUUAGCUAAAUCUACCCUUUCUUGAAAAAGUAUUUUUGUAUGUUGGCCUUUCUAAAAUGCUAUUACCACCUGCAAGCAAAGUAUCUGGUGGAUGCAGUUCUUUAGUUAUUAAAACUGAAUCGUUAAACCUGUACAAAAACAGGAAAGAAAUUUUUGGUACAAAACAGAAUCAAAUUUUAUCGCUUUUGGCAGUUUUUGCGGCCUACUUAGGCUGGCCCGAUUUUCUUUUCUGUCUUUACUGAAAAACCUGACCUAAUACCAGGCUUAAUGUAUUUACUACAAACAUCUAUUGCGACACUAUCUACACUAAAAACUAGUUUAGUGUGAGUUUUUGCAUGGUAACAACUGAAGGGAAUGAAGACUGAUAUUUACUAGAGCAUGUUUGUUUGGAAGUAGCUUAAGUUAUUGGAUAUGCGUUCGGGUCAUGUAUUGGAAACGAUGAAAGGUAAGUAAAUUUCAAUGCAAAAUAUAUUUUUGUUUUUUAUGAUGCUGGCCAGAGUAUGACUUCUGGAUCUACAACCCGUCAGCAACGAUCAUUUAUACGCCGCUUAAGAUAGGCAUAAUUAAAUGCACUGGACUUUACUUUAAUAAUGCUGUUAGGUUCGAUCUUGACACGUAUACCUACCUAGUAUUGAAGAGUAGGAUGACACUGCUGUUCCAUUAGUGUAAUAAUUGCACUUGCAUACAUUCUAACUAAUUUGUGAUACAAUUCUAGUGCGUAGUUUUUGAGUUUUUUGAGGUAUUUAAUUUGAACUCAAUUGAAAUCCGUUUUCAAUCAAAUGUACAUUUAAACAAUGCGUUUAUUUUGAAAUGUGAAUAUUCCUAUUAUACAGUUGAUCACUCAUUUACGAGCAGCUAUUUUUACAUCUUUCACAAAUAAUACAUUUGAUUGAAACGUUUGCAUGUUUGCAACUCUAGUCAAUUUUAAAGUGACCAUAGUAUUUAUGAAACACACGUCUUGCUCAAAACUUACUCCUACACCACACAGACUUUCUCUGACAUUAAAGUUAUACUAUUGACGUAAUUUGUUAUCGUUCAAAUUAUACUAAAAUAUAUUUAUAAUGUAAGUUUUUAUAAAAGAUUUUCAACUACUUAAUAGAAUUUGAUUUUAGGUACGGGUUGGAAAAAUUCAAUACUUACUUUUCCUGCCUACUUACUGUAGUAUUCUAAUUUAAAUAAUACUUAAAUAUUAUUACCCGUAAAUGUUUGCUCAAAUUAUCCCCCGAUAACGUAGCAUCUAAAAUGGCACAAUACCACCACUCAUUCUAUAUUCUCGAUAUUAUGUCAAUUUUCAUCGUCCCAUCACAAUAUUGCUAGUCUAAAGACUUAGUCGACUAUUUAUAGAGGAAUAGAUCUAUUACAUGAAUGUAUUUGAUAUCUAUAUCAACGUGCAAUAAAGAGUCACAGUGUUUGAGAAA